UUUUAUUUAUCACAUGAGUUCAGUGAAAGCAAAGGACAAGUAAUCGACGUUCAGUUUAAAAUCAAAGGAAACUUUGACGGGUUAGAAAGUUGUUUGUUCGAUAAAUAUAUAGUAUAAUCUAACAAAGAUGUCAAGUGAACUAGCCACCCGGAGUGCUCUGGUGCACGUGCCUGAUCCGUGUGCUUGGUGUGAAAACAUACAGGACGUUAACUGGUACUGUAAUGACUGUCAAGAGGCUUUAUGUGACGGCUGUAAAGAGAGUCACCAACGCGCGAGAAAGACACGAAAUGAUGCCGUUGUACCAAUUACAAGGGCGAUCAAACAAAAUCAGACAUUUCUCCCGGAGGUAUGUAAGAUACACCACGGUAAAUCAUGUGACCUGUAUUGUUGUGAUUGUGAAAUAGUGUUGUGCGCAAUUUGUUUUACCGAGAAAUAUAGCCAACACGUUUUCAAAAACAUUGAGGAGGAAAUCGAUCGACAUACAAAAGCGGUCCCUUAAAAAUCAAUUGAUAACGUUGGACUCCAACUUAGACUAUUUUAAUGAUAAUAUAACAAAACGUAAUGAGGUUAACAAAUCAUUCGAAGAGAACGUGGAUGUUAUCCGACAAACUGUAGAAAGCCAGAGAGUUAUACUGCAAGCAGAGGUUGAUUCCAUAGCCAAGUUCGUUUUUGCCGAGUUAUCAUCCCUGGAUAAAAAAGAUAAACAAUUCCACGACUGGGAUUGUCAACAUCAUGAGGAGAAAAUCAAAAAGAUUAAACAACUGUUGAGAGAAAUAGAACAAUCCACAGAAACGAAAUCUAGUGCAUCCUUGCUUGAGAUGACUGAGAACAUGAGAACCACUCUACCGUUGUAUGAUGUAAAUAGAAAAAGCGUGGUACCUUCCCAAUCUCACUUCGUGCCUGGUGAACUUAACCAAGAUCAAUUGAAGACAAUGUUUGGGUGUCUACAAGUAUUGAAGAAUGAAGACGUGCAGUAUGAAAAGAAGGAAGUUGACAGUCAACAGGUUCAAGCGGUUUCUACAUUCCAAAUGCCUCAGCGGACACAAAUCAACUCAAUAUGUCCUAUAGACGACACUCACGCUUGGAUGACAGUUCAUGAAUCUAAUGAAUUGAUCAAAAUCAACAAGAAUGGUAAGGUCACAGAGGCCGUCGAGACUGACUUUAAACCGUGGUGUCUUACAGUGGCCAACACGAAAGAACUUUUGAUCACGCGCUAUGAACAUUCUCUGAUAACCAAACUAUCGAAAGACCGACGAUUAACGACAUUUGCUGACAUCAGUCCGUUAAAAGCCUUGUGUAUCAGUGUCAGGGACGAUGUGUUCGUUACUACUCUAACUCCGACAAUUCUGGUACUUACCAUGUCUGGGGAAAGGAUCAGAGAAAUCUCGUGUGGUCGUGAUGGGCUUAGUAUCGUAUGUUUGAUAACAGGACUCGUAGCUGUAACCACUGGACAUAGUGUGGUAUGUUGUAAAGAAAUGAUUGUCAUCAAUAAAUCUGAUCAGAUCAUACACAGGUGGAGUGGAGAACUUGACAUUGGUAAGAAAAUAGAAGAGGCGACGCAAUGUAGUAUAACAUGUGAUAGAUUUGACAGACUAUUUGUACCAGACUGCUUCAAUGACCAGGUAUACGUGCUGUCUCGGUAUGAGGGUAAAGCCAAAUGCCUUUUAGACAAGAAACAUGGAGUAACAAACCCAUGGACUAUAUGUGUAGACAGCUGUGGUCAUGUUUGGAUCGGGUGUAGAAAUGGUACAGUGCAUGUCAUGCAAAUAUGAAAAAGACGAUAUAGAGAUGAUUGAACAAAUAUAACAUUACAUUUCAGCGGAAAUGCAAAUGUCUGUGUAAAAGUCCUUGCUGCGGAAACCACGAAAUGACUCGAACUUGUCGAUAUAUUUACAGUGAUAAUUGAAGUCGUCAAUAAACAUACAGUGUAUGC